GAAACCGGGGAUAAAUCAUACAAGUAUUAUAUGAUCUUGAGAUUUGCUCUUCUCCGUCUUCCUUACGUCGUCUUCUUCUUCAUCUUCAUCAUCAUUUUGUUGAUAAUAAUAAUAAUUCAAUGAUUUAAACUUUUCAUUUCUUCUUCUCACUCACUCACUCUCUCACUCACUCGGUCACUCACUCACUCACUCGGUCAGUGACUCAGCAAUGGAGGUUGUAGGAGUGACAAAAUGUCUUCGUCAUAGUAAUUGUUUCCAAAUUAAUCAGCAAAUUCAACGCCAAUUUGCUACUUUUAAUAACCCUAAUUUCAGGUUUUUGAGGCCAUUACACUUCAAGUUUCCUUCUUCAUCAAUUUCUCGUUCUCGAAUUUGUUGCGGAGUUUCCUCUGUUCAAACUCGAGAGGAGGAAGAGAUGGAAAGCAAAACAAAGUCUAGACAUGGAAAGGUACUGUUAAGGAUCCUGCUUGAGCAUCAAGUGCAGUUUGGAGAGAGUGUUGUGAUGUUGGGGUCAGCAAAAGAACUGGGAUCAUGGAAGAAACCAGUUACAAUGGGUUGGACGGAGAAUGGAUGGGUUUCAGAUUUUGAAAUGAGAGGAGGGGACUCUGUGGAGUUCAAAUUUGUUAUAAUGGGCAAGGAUAAAAGUUUAACCUGGGAGUCUGGAGAAAAUCGUAUACUUCAGAUUCCCGAGAAAGGGAAUUUCACAUUAAUUUGUCACUGGAACAUGACAUCAGAGAUGCUGGAGCUCUUAACUGCUGAAUCUGGGGACAGCCAAGACGUGAUUGAGGAUUUAGUUGAUAAUGGAUCUGUUGUUAGUGAUGUUGCUGCUACAGAUUCAGAAGUUCAGACAAGUCCUUUUGUAGAUCAGUGGCAAGGGAAGGCUGCCACGUUCAUGCGGUCCAAUGAGCAUCACAAUAAUGAGAAAGAUCGGAAGUGGGACACUUCUGGUCUUGAAGGUUUAGCUCUAAAAUUGGUUCAAGAUGACCAGAAUGCGAGAAAUUGGUGGCGGAAGCUUGAAGUAGUUCGUGAGCUUAUAGCUGAAAAUUUGGAUAACAAUGAUCGCUUGGAGGCUCUUACUCUUUCUGCUAUCUAUCUUAAGUGGAUAAACAUUGGACAAAUCCCUUGCUUUGAAGAUGGAGGUCAUCAUCGACCAAAUAGGCAUGCCGAGAUUUCAAGGCUCAUUUUUCGUGAGCUGGAAAGAAUUUACUGCAUGAAAGAUACCACCCCUGAGGAGAUGCUUGUUAUUCGCAAGAUUCACCCCUCCUUGCCAUCUUUUAAAGCUGAAUUCACUGCAUCUGUUCCUCUGACUCGAAUUAGAGAUAUUGCUCAUCGUAAUGAUAUCCCUCAUGAUCUUAAGCAAGAAAUCAAGCAUACUAUACAAAACAAGCUCCACAGAUGUGCUGGCCCUGAGGAUUUGGUGGCUACAGAAGCUAUGAUGGCAAGAAUUACCAAAAACCCUGGGGAGUAUAAUGAUGCAUUUGUGGAGCAAUUUAAAAUUUUUCUACAUGAAUUGAAGGAUUUUUUCAAUGCUGGAAGCCUUGUUGAACAGCUGGAAUCAAUCAAGGAUUCCUUGGAUGAAAAAGGAUUGUCUGCUCUUACUGUAUUUUUGCAGCAGAAGAAGAGCUUGGAUGAUUUAAACGGGUCAAAUGAAGCUGUAGAUAAACUAUUGAAGCCAAUGCAGUCUCUAAAUUCACUAAGGGAAGUACUGAUGAAGGGUCUUCAAAGCGGCCUACGGAAUGAUGCAUCUGAUGCAGCUAUUGCAAUGCGUCAAAAGUGGCGUCUUUGCGAGAUUGGUCUUGAGGAUUAUUCUUUUGUUCUUCUAAGCAGAUUUCUCAAUGCACUAGAUUCUUUGGGAGGUGCAAAAUGGCUUGCUGAAAGUGUGGAGUCAAAAAAUGUUACUUCAUGGAAUGAACCACUUGACGCCCUUGCUAUUGGAAUUCGUCAGCUGGGACUAUCAGGCUGGAAGUCAGAGGAAUGUAUUGCAAUUGGGAACGAACUCUUUGUUUGGAAGGAUAAAGGUCUUCCUGAAAGUGAAGGAAAGGAAGAAAAUAAGAGAAUUUGGGCUCUAAGGCUUAAAGCUACUCUUGAUAGAUCACGAAGGCUGACUGAAGAAUACUCCGAUUCUCUACUUGAGAUAUUCCCGCAAAAAGUUCAGAUGCUAGGAAAAGCUCUAGGAAUUGCUGAGAAUAGUGUUAGGACUUACACAGAGGCUGAGAUUCGUGCAGGUGUGAUUUUUCAGGUCUCUAAAAUCUGUACCAUUCUUCUGAAAGGUGUCAGACUUUUGCUAGCAUCACAAGGUUGGGAUGUUAUUGUUCCAGGAACUGCUUAUGGAACAAUUGUUCAGGUUGAUAGUAUUACGCCUGGGUCACUACCUUCAUCUGUAACAGGGCCUGUUAUUCUUGUUGUUCGCAAAGCUGAUGGAGAUGAAGAGGUGACAGCUGCAGGGACUAAUAUAGCUGGUGUCAUACUCCUGCAAGAGCUUCCCCAUUUAUCCCAUCUUGGUGUCCGAGCACGACAAGAAAAGGUUGCCUUUGUCACCUGCGAAGAUGAUGAUUCAGCUUCGUAUUUCAAGAAGCUUAGUGGACAAUAUGUCAGGCUGGAAGCAUCCUCAGGAGGGGUUGAUAUACAACCAUGUUCUCCUGGUGAAACAAAUAAUGAUCCUAUCAUAGACAUUCCUCCAAGUCAUGAUCCAUCUACAGCAGGGCUUGUUGAGUCUGAUGAUUCUUCCUCCUCUCUGAGCAUAGAUCCACAGCUAAGCGAGGUGAUUCCAGACGCCAUUCUGCUUUUUGUUGACAAGUGCAAAAAAUUUUUGGUUCAGGUAAUUCCCUCCGAAGUUGUUACUCUGCUUGCUGACGCAGAGCCACGUACUUGUGGGGCAAAAGCUGCUGCCUGUGGACGCUUGUCUUCUCUGUCGGAAGCCUCUAUUAAAGUUUACAAUGAGCUUGGAGUUCCAGCCUCAUUUAAGGUCCCUACAGGAGCAGUUAUCCCAUUUGGUUCUAUGGAAUUGGCAUUAGAGGCUAACCAGUCUUUGGAAGCAUUCAGGUCCUACAUAGAACAGAUAGAAACUGCAGAGGUUGCAGAUGGAGCCCUUGACAAUCUGUGUUCUAAACUUCAAGAACUGAUAUGUUCCAUACAGCCCUCUAAGGACGUCAUUCAAAAUAUAGCAGAAAUCUUUCCGAGCACUGCUUGUUUAAUUGUGCGGUCAAGUGCUAAUGUAGAAGACUUGGCAGGAAUGUCAGCGGCUGGGCUCUAUGAAUCUAUUCCAAAUGUCAGUCCAUCAAACCCUACUGUCUUUGGCAGUGCUGUCAGUAGGGUUUGGGCUUCACUAUACACUCGUCGAGCUGUUCUUAGUCGGAGGGCUGCACGGGUACCCCAAAAGAAGGCCCAAAUGGCAGUUUUGGUGCAAGAAAUGCUUUCUCCAGAUUUGUCAUUUGUACUUCACACCCUUUCUCCAACAGACAACGACAGAAAUGUUGUCGAGGCUGAGAUUGCUCCUGGUCUUGGUGAAACAUUGGCAUCAGGCACCAGAGGUACACCAUGGCGUCUAUCUUCUGGAAAAUUUGACGGGUCUGUGAAGACAUUGGCUUUUGCAAACUUCAGUGAAGAGAUGCUAGUGGGCAGAGCAGGACCUGCUGACGGCGAAGUUAUUCGUUUGACUGUAGAUUACAGCAAGAAACCACUGACUGUUGAUACUGUUUUCAGAAAGCAGCUUGGUCAGCGACUCUGUGCUGUUGGGUUUUUCCUGGAGAGGAAAUUCGGGUGCCCUCAGGAUGUCGAAGGAUGCUUGGUUGGCAAUGAUGUUUACAUCGUUCAAACACGCCCUCAACCUCUCUAAGCUGUUCAUAUCUACUCAUGGUAUUGGAUUAAUUAUUAUUAUCAUAUUGUUACUUAUUUUACAUAUAUUAGCAUGGGUACAUCUUCAUAAAGCCCCUUCCACUCAGCUAGUGAAUCUUUAAACUUCAGAAACUCAAAUAACAGAAUAGAAGUUUUGUGUGAUAAUAAAAGUGUAUUCUAUUCCUUAUUCUCUAACUUUCGGAGUAAACUGCUCUUUUCUUGUUUU